AUGUUAGCUUUUCAAGUUGCUGCUGUUGUGGUUGCUGAAGAAAAAUCGAAUAAUCAAGGGCGGAGAACAGGGUAUCGUGGCUCUAUUCUUAGCCACAAUAUUGUCAAUCGUAAUAGAAAGGAAGUGGAAGCUCAUAAUCCAUAUUUCAAACAAAGGACAGAUGCUCUUGGUGUUCUUGGUUUAUCUUGUCUUCAAAAGGUAACUGCAGCUCACAGAAUACUUGCAUAUGGUAUUCCUGCAGAUCUUACUGAUGAAUAUCUUCAAAUUGGAGAAAGCACUGCGAUAGAAAGUCUUAGAGCUUUCGUCAAAGCAAUUGUAGAAGUUUUUGGUGAUUGGUAUCUAAGGGCACCAAACGAGGCCGAUAUUUGUCGAUUAUUAUCAAUUGGAGAGCAGCGUGGAUUUCCAAGGAUGUUAGGGAGCAUUGAUUGUUGUACUGCUCCUGUCAAUUAUACAAUUAAUGGGCAUGAAUAUACAAUGGGAUACUAUUUAGCAGAUGAGAUUUAUCCUAAUUGGUCAACUUUUGUUAAGACAAUCCUAAGGCCAUUAGGAGCAAAGAGAAAAUAUUUUGCAAGUAAGCAAGAGUCUGCAAGAAAGGAUGUAGAGCAGGCAUUUGGAGUGCUCCAAUCUCGUUUUGCAAUUGUACGUGGACCUGUUCGAUACUGGGAUGAAGAAACGCUUGCAAAUAUUAUGAAAGCUUGCAUAAUAAUGCAUAAUAUGAUUAUUGAAGAUGAAGGAGCAAUGAACCUUGGAUUUGACCAUGAACGUGAAGUCAAUUCCUUUAUAUCUAUGUCACAUGGUGAAAUACCAGAACUACAUGAUUUUCUUCAAACUCAUAAUCGAAUCAGGGAUAGAGCAACUAGCUCUCAACUACAAGAAGAUUUGGUUGAACAUUUAUGGGAACAAUAUGGUAACGAGUAG